GCUCCGGCUCGGCGCGCAGAACCGCAGAAGCAGACCAAGGAAACGAGCCAAGAUGCGGCGCGAGGGGAGGCAGCGAGGGUGGGUGCGCGUGUACGACCGCGAUCUGGUCGACCCGGAUGGCAAGCGCCGCGCGGCGCACGUCGUGGACGCCGACGGGCAGGCCGUGGUGGUGGCCAACGGCGGGUACGUCCGGGCGUCGCGGAGGCCGACCAACCACUCCAAGCCGGGCGGCAGCCGCGCGCUCGACGCGCUCUGCAGGAAGGCCCUCCGCGCGCUCGACGAGGAGGAGGAGGCGCCUCCGCCGCAGCCGGCCGCGCGGUACGGGUACUCGCCGGGAUGGUGGCCGUCGUCGCCGCCGCCGUCCAGGUACGGGGCCGUCGCGCAGAGGCAGGCGCAGGCUCAGCCGGCGCCGGCGCGUUCGGGGGCCGGGAAGGCGUCGUCCAAGGGGGGCCCGGGCCGCAACUUCAAGCACGGCAAGAUCAGCAAGACGUACCUCGACGAGGACGAGAUCGAUUAUCUCUACAACUACGAUUCAUGAGCGGACGGAAGCGGGGAGCUGCUUUGUGGCUUUUUUCUCCUUAUCUUUGUUUUGGCGAAGUUCAGCGAGAGGAGUUGUAUGCUGGAUCGUAAUAUUAAUGUGUACUAUCAAGAUUAGACUUAAUUUCUUUUUAAGAUCAUUAGUCUCUGACUCUUAGGUGUGUUUGUUGAUCUCGAAUUAAAGGGAUUUAUUUCGAGUAGUGGCA